UUUGUCAGCUGAUCGCCAACACAUGAUUACUCGCAAGAAUUGUUAUGCUAACGAUUACUUGCAAGAAUCGUUAAUUAAUUUACUACGAGAAUACACAGGGGAAUAUACACACGCGUUCAUGCAUAACGUCAUGAAGUCCUUUCGUGAGGCCCUGUCGAAUGCCAGUAAUAUUUUGAUCUUAACCGGCAGCGGUAUCUCCGCGGAAUCCGGGGUGCCAACUUUCAGGGGUGCCGGUGGAUUUUGGCGUAAAUAUCAGGCGCAAAGUCUCGCGACACCGGAGGCCUUCGCGGCGAACCCGUCAUUGGUAUGGGAAUUUUACGAAUAUCGCAGGCAACUAGCAAGCAAAGUCCAGCCGAAUAAGGCGCAUGAAGCUGUUGCUGAAUUUCAAAAACGCAAAAUAGCAGAAGGGAAAAACGUGUCAAUUAUUACGCAGAAUAUAGAUGGACUACAUCAAAGAGCUGGGGCACAAGAUGUAGUGGAAUUACAUGGUUCACUUUAUAGAACACGCUGUACCAAAUGUCAUAAUAUUGUUAUUAAUGAGAAUGUUCCCAUCUGUCCAGCAUUGGCAGGAAAAGGAUCUCCUGACCCAAACACUAUGUCCUCUGAUAUUCCAAAGGAGGAAUUACCGCUUUGUGAAAUCAAAGAUUGUGGAGCUUUGCUGAGACCUGAUAUCAUAUGGUUUGGUGAACAAUUAAAUGACGAUAUAUUGCAGAAGGCUUUUAACAUUGUUGAAAGGUGUGAUGCUUGCUUAGUCAUCGGAACCUCAGCGAUCGUAUAUCCAGCUGCAAUGUUUGCACCGCAAGUAGCGCGACGUAACGUACCGGUAGCAGAGUUCAACAUAGAAGAAACACCAGCCACGAAACAAAUGCAAUACCACUUUCAAGGUCCCUGUACUACUACUGUGACAGAAGCAUUGGCGCCUUAAAAGAGGAUAUAUAAUACAUAUUAUAUAAUAAUUAAUUUGUUUUUUAUAAAAAGAUUUAUUACCUUACAAUAGCACACUUCUGUAUUUAAUCCGAGAUGAUUCAGGUAAUCCAACC